AUGUUCGACUAUGAUCCGAGCACGGACGAGUUGGUGAAGCCAGUGGAGAGUUUCGUCCCAGAAGUGACACCUGGUGCGACGAAGUUCGAUAAACUCGAUCCAGGACAGUUGGUGUAUGCGGCAACAGGACAUGAUCUCGACUUGGGCAAGGCAUUGCAACAAGUAGAAGAAGCGGAGAAAAUCAAAGAAAGCGAAGAGCGAAUGAUUGAAGCGAUGCACAAGGAGCAGAAGAGUCGACAGUCCCGUGCGGCGAGCCCUACAUCGGAGGCAGCGUUGGAGCCUACACAGCCAGGAGAUUUCGAGGAACCACCACCGAAAGCAAACCAAGGAACCUUGAUGAUCUAUAUCUCUGUGGCGGCUUUGAUGCUAGCUCUAACC